AAACCAUGUAACCGAGUUACUCAUAGGUUUUAAAGGUUCGUGCAUGGUGAAAUUUCAUAGAUAAGUGCAGUAUAUCAGUAUCAAAGUCCUUUCGUUUUGUUGAAAUAUUUAUUAUACAUUUGGAUAUCUUAGCGAUUAAAACGAACAUAAUAUGGGAGACAACCCAGACACCCCUGAUCCUGGAACUGGGUUGACAGGAAAAGAGGUUGCAGCUAUUCGAGAAAGCUGGGGUAAAUUGACAGCCUCCUGGAAAACAUAUGGACCAGAGUUUUAUGGCAUAUUGAUCGAGGAUCCAGAUGUACGAAAGUUUUUCAAAUCAUUUAAUGGCAUGAAAAUGGAAGAAAUCCGGACAUCAGCCAAGCUUCGUGCACAUGCAAUCAACUUUAAACAUGGCAUUACCUCAUUUGUUGAUAAUUUAGACGAUCUAGAUUGCCUAGUUGUCCUGGUUCAUAAGCUAACUGCCAAUCAUUUUAGAAGAGAGAUUCGGAUAGAGCAUUUCAAGGAGGCUUUUAGAUUAUUCCUUAACUUCGCACAAAGUAAAAUGGAAAUGGAUGAGCUGACGGUAAAUGCCUGGGUGAAGACAGUAAAAGUUCUUGAAGAUGUUAUUGGUAAACACAUGGACGAGUUAGACUCGCAAACGAAUGAUAAAGCUACUUGAAAAAUGAUAGGGGAGGAUGCAGUAG